AUGCGGAUCGCAAGCUUCACGCUGGUCGUGUUGCUGUUUCGUGAACGAUACACGGACACAUGGUGCUCUCCGAGGCGAACAGCCGAAAUCCAGGAAGAAGAGCGAGCAAAAGCCUAUCUUGAAGAGGUAGAUGCCAUUUUGGCCGACAUUUGCUACAACAAUAACGUUGCCGAGUGGAAUUAUGAGACUGACGUCAACGAUGAAAAUGACAGAAAGAGAGUGGAGCAGAGCCUCAGGUCCAGCGAGCUGAAUAGAGAGUUGUGGAGGAACAUCACGCACUUUAAAUGGACCUCGUUUAAGGACCCCACAACCAGGAGGGCGUUCAAGCUGCUCUCUGUUAUUGAUACGGCUAUUCUACCUCAGGACAAGCAGAACGAAAUAUUGAGCAUAAUCAGCGACAUGCAAGGCAACUACGCAUCGGCGAGAGUUUGUCCUUUCGCUCGAAAAACAAGUGGUCAUCCGAACGACUGCACCCUCACGUUCGACGAAGAGAUCAAGGACAUAAUGGCGUCUUCGAGGAACUACAAUGAAUUGCUGCAUGUUUGGAACGAGUGGCGAAGAGUGUCUGGAAAGCCUGCAAAAGGGAAAUUCACCCGCUACGUUCAGCUCCUGAACGAAGCAGCGAAGCUCAACGGCUUCAAGGACGCCAGUGGGCUAUGGCAGAACCCCUACGAGUACGAUGGUUUCGAGGAUAACGUAAAAGGGCUCUGGGAGCAACUGUCUCCCUUGUACAUACAACUACAUGCGUACGUCAGAACUAGAUUGCGUGAGAUAUACGGUACUGAUAAGAUACAAGAGGAUGGUCCCAUACCGGCUCACCUCCUAGGGACAAUACACGCCCAACGGUGGGCUCCUUUGUAUGAGGCAACAGAACCUUUUCCGAACAAAACAGCUUUAAAUGUGACUGCAGCUAUGGCAGAAAACAAUAUAUCAGUCGCCGACAUGUUUAAGAUCGCAGAGGACUUCUUCACGUCGUUGGGUCUUCCUGGAAUGCCGAACAGCUUUUGGGAGAAGUCCGUAUUCACUAAGCCGCUUGACAGAGAAAUUAUCUGUCAUGCUUCCGCCUGGGAUUUCUGCCACAACGGCGAUGUGAGAAUCAAGGAAUGCGCCGAAGUAGACAUGAACAACCUCCUAAUUAUUCACCACGAAAUGGGACAUGCGGAAUAUUUCCUUAAAUACGCCAAGCAACCAAUGUACUUCAGAGAUGGCGCCAACCCGGGAUUCCACGAAGCGAUCGGUGACACGGCUGCUCUCUCUGUGGCGACACCAGGGCACCUAAAGGCCAUCGGACUCGCAGAGGGAGACAUUGAAGAUGAAGAAACUGAACUCAACCACUUGUACAGAACUGCCUUGAACAAAGUGGCCAUGCUUCCUUCGGCCUACGUUUACGACCUGUGGCGUUGGAACGUGUUCAGAGGCGUCUACAAGCCGGAGCACUACAACGACGCUUGGUGGGAACUACUACUCAAACACCAAGGAAUCUGUCCCGGCGUUUCUCGCUCCUCGGAUGACUUUGACGCGCCAUCCAAGUAUCACAUAUCUGCCAACGUGCCGUACAUCAGGUACUUUGUCAGCGUCAUACUACAGUUCCAGUUUUACAAGGCGCUCUGCGAAGAAGCCAAUCACGUCGGGCCACUUCACAAAUGCGACUUUUAUCGCUCCAAAGAAGCAGGAAGGCUGUUUGGCGAUGUACUUGCUCUUGGAAGGUCGAAACCAUGGCCAGAAGUGCUGAGCAUUCUGACCAAGGGCAGGACGAAGAAGAUGGACGCUGCUCCAUUGCUGGAAUACUUCGAGCCUCUCCACCGGUGGCUCCAGAGGCAAAACGGCGGCAAGCACGUUGGAUGGACAAGUGACAACGCCACCGUCUGUCCGCAGACCUGAAAUAAGCAACUAAGCAAUUAGGCAGUACAGUAAUCCAAA